AUGCCGGUGGUCGGCGAGAGCGGGGCUUCGGCAAAGAGGCCCAAGCGUCGGAAGGUUAAGGUCAAGGCCAAGGCCAAGGCCAAGGGCCCGAGCACGGAAGACAUGCUGGCUGCCCUGGGCGCCCACGACGCAGAGGGAGCUCCCGAGCUGGAGGUUGACCUGGAGGACGACGAUGACAGUGAGCCGGGGGCAGAGGCCUCCGAUCGACUCAUUCGCACGCUGACCGCGCUGUCGAAGGAGCCUACGGAGUCUGUGGAGACGAAGCGACGUGAGGCCAUGCCUGAGAAUGAGUUCCACGUGCCGCCCGUGGGGGAGGUGUCCAUCGAGGACCUCAUGGCACCUCUCCGGGAUGAGGCACGGUUCAGCCGCGAAGUCAAGGAGCUGAAGGCCUUGGCCCAGCGCGAGGGCCUCCCCGAGCCAGCUCCCGAGGCUGCUAGGAGCCGCGAGGAGCGAUCCCUCCAGUACCAGAGGACCUCGAAGGAUGCGCAGAAGUGGUUCCCGCAGAUCCACCGCAUGAACCGUGCGGACCAGGUCGUCUUGGACUCCCAGCCCGUGGUGCUGCAGAGCACCACCGAGAUCGUUGGGAACUUCGCCCCGGUCGACGACUUCGAGAAGGAGUUGGAGGCCGUCACGCGCGCUGCAGGCGCUGGCGAGGAGGACCUUCGCGGUGCCAAGGUCUUGCCCAUGAACCCCAGGAUACGGGAGGAGCAGCAGACGCGGCAGGUCGCCCGGCUGAAGGCACUGAUGCUCCGGGAACAGCAGACGAAGCGCAGGGUCAACAAGAUCAAGUCCAAGACGUACCGCCGCAUCCACCGCAAGUCCGAGGCGAAAGAUCGGGAGGUCCUCCUCCAGCGCCUGGAGCUGGAGAACCCAGAGCUGGCGCAGCAGCUGAAGCAGGACUACGAGAAGAAGCACGCCGAGCGACGGCUGCUCCGACAGAGGAAUGCAAGGAAGAAGUGGGCCUCGACGAUGCAGCGAUUUGCCAAAGGAGACCGGAAUGCGCAGCAAGAAAUCUCCAAGCAGGCACAGAAGGCCCACGACGAGGAGCAGGCGCUAAGGAGAGCCAUUGCCGGCAAGGAUGCAAAAGACUCCGACUCCGAGCAUGUCGACCUCAGCGACGACGAGGAGGGCGACGGACAGCAGACGGUGGCGAAGAGCACCAUCAACAAGGCAAAGCGCCUCACCGUGGAGGAGAUCCGGUCCGGAGACCCAGAGAUCGAGUGUGCAACAGGUGGCUGCAUUGCCCUCGCGGUGUGCGCAUAUUUCUUCGGCUACUACGUUCUGAGAAGCCAGUCGUCUCCAUACCGCUUGCAGCUCCGCGUGUUCUUGGUAGCUGGGAUGCUGGUUUGCACUUGCGUCGUCACAGCCAGUGCCUGGCUGUUCCUGGGUGGGUUGGACAGCUGUCGUGCUUUCGAUACAAGCAUGAUGAACUCACAGGGCUACACGUUUGAUCACUUGUGGGCCAUGCUCUGCGUUCGCUACGGGGUGAACUGGUGUCUGACCCUGAUUGGAAUCUUUCUACUGUUGGCCGACCACCCACCAUCAACUUACAUCCGCCACUGCAUUCGGUGCUGUCUUUGCCUCUACAUGAGUCAAGUUGUGAUAACCCUGGGAAUGACAUGGAAUGCCUGCACCGGUGCGGAUGUCAACGAGGAUGGGGUCAGAGAUUCGAUUCUCGAGGGUUCGGCCAACUUGCAGGAAUCGCUUGCAGCAGGAAUGGAAGUCUCUGGCACACUCUUGUUUUUUCUGUCUGGCAACUGGUUUCUGCAGAUCGUCGUGAAGAUGAUGAGGGCCCUGGAAGCAGCCUUUGGGGAACCUCUGCCUCGUUUCACUACGAUUGUCUAUCUGAAUCACUUUGUCGUUGCCAUGACCAUUGUGUCGGCCGCUAUCCUGCGUCUGCCACUCCUGUUCUUGCAGGCCGGCGUGAUUGUAGCCUUGGCGCUCAUUGCCCUGACGGCGCUGGAAUUCUUAGCCCUGGGCGUCCCCCUACGAGCUUUGCAGGGCGCCAUGUGCGAUGAUGACACUGGGGCGCCUCUGGAGAAGUUGAAGAUUGCAAAGAGCACCCUACGGCGAUUUCAGGCAGCCAUCGUAUUGAGAAACUUGACCACUGUGUUCUUCCUGUGCAUCCUUGCCUUUGCCAACGGCUUGAUCUUGAACCCCACGCUCUACACGCUGGGGUCCUACAGCUCCCUGCUCAGCGCUGUCGGAAAUGCCCUCGGCCUGGCCCUCCUCACCAGUGGUUCACUCAACAUCCCGAGGUCCGCACCCAAGGCGAUCGCCUCGAGCCCUGGGCUUCGGGAUGAGCGCGCGCAGGCGCACUUGGUGUGCACCUGCGGGCGCGUGGGCAAGAGGAGGGGGUCCCUGCGCGAGGAGGAGGAGGCCGGGCCUGGGGCGGACCCAGUGGGACAGACGCUGUCUCAGUUCUCGGGGGGUCGCCAUUGGAUCGCCACCCUGGGCAGUGACACUGCAAACCCGGCCUGCGAUCGAUGUGCCUGGGAUGAGAAGGUGAGGGCGAUAGCAAGUCGCCGCAUGUCUGUCAACCAGCUCCUGGACUUCUACACCCAGCUUGCGGGCAGGAAUCAGAGGCAGCGGCUCAUGCCACAUUAUGACCCAGCGCGGUCCACCACACAUGAGGUCGUGCGGCAGGCCGUUAUCCCGCAGUCACGCUGCGGUGAUAGGGGCAAGGCACUGGCUGAAGUGUUGGCUUCAUCUGAGUCUCGGUGUCUUCCCAGCUCAUCAGCAACCGUCCGCAUGGUGACGCACCACUGGGCCAACAGGUUUAGAGACCUCCUCGCUGCAGUUGUUGCAGACAGUUUAGGCCUGAAGCGCUGGGACAGCAUCGCCGAGGAGCUGUCCUCUAGCAGACAGGAGGCGUUGAAAGCCAGGCUUCACAGCCAGGGCUCCCUGCAUUGGGAGUACUGGAUCUGUGCCUUCUGCAUUAACCAGCAUGCCAGCAUCUGCGACGUUGUGACGGGAGCGCGAGACACUGUCACUGGCGAGUUGUUGCCGUCUUGUGACUGUGCUACACCAAAACACUUAAAUGAUUCUCCUAUUCAAUGUGAGCUCAACAAGUUUGAUAACAUGAUGGCUCACCUUUACCAUUGCUAUAACCACCGCUUCUUGCAAGUUGUUGCAACCGACAAGAAAUUUGACCUCUUCUCGCGGGCUUGGUGCAUCGCAGAGCUUGUCCAGGCCAAUGCCAGCCGGAUGGAGCAGCAUGUCAUUCUUCAUUCCUACAAAGUUCUCGAAGAGAACUCUGCGCAACUGGAAUCGCUUCGAGUCGAAGAUUGCUCCGCUUCAAGGCCUGAGGACAAAGCUGGGAUUCUUAACAAGAUUGGCUCAUCCUCUGACAUUGCAGACUUCAACCGGCGCCUGCAGCAGCUCUUGCUGGGCUCCGACGGGCUUUUUGCGGGAUGUAAGGAUGCUCAGGCGCUCCUGCACGAUGUGGGGGCCAUGGCAGCGCGAGCGAAGGCCUCGAAGGGCAGCCAUGGCGACCUCGAAGAAGACCUGGUAGAAAUCUGA